AUGGCCGACAGAAUCGUUGCCAAUGGGUCGGAGAAGAAGUACCACAAAAUUGAUAUCCCACCAGCCCUUAUCCGCAAAGGAAGAACGCUAUUCGAGCACCUUGGGUACAAAGUCGACGAUCGCAGCCUUGCCGACCGGAGCGGCGACACUUGGAACUCGGGUGUCUUACGCUCGAUCUCACCCGAAGAGUAUUACUAUGUCAUAGUCGCAGGAGAAAGUAAGCAGAGUGGCGCCGCCGUUGUGGUGGUUGCCUACGCAGGUCGCUCUGAUGAUGGAUAUCCACUUUCUUUGGACGACAAGUCUGAUCUUCUUGUCGUCUUCGAUGACGACCUUCAGCGCCCACAGAAGUACUUUGCAGAAACCAAACUCGCCAUCAAGACUGCAGGAUCGGUGUUACUGCCUACCAUUGUACACUCUGUGGGAUUUGAGAAGAUGGACUAUCAGUAUCAGCUACACGAUGGUGAUGGCCCAGAAUUAUCCGAGAAGGAGCUCGACGAGAUUGUGGAUCAUGUCAUCAGCUACUGA